CCCACCCCGGGCUCCCCCCGCUCCGCCGCCGCCGCCGCCGCCGUGCCGGGCAGCAAUGACGUGUUCGUGACGUCACGCUCGGAUUUCCGGGCGCAGCUGCGGCGCUGCCAGCGGCUCCUGGCGCCGGGCGGGGGUCCCGGGGGUCCCGGGGAGCUGCGGCUGCACGGGCUGGGGCUCGCCGUGCCCCGCACCAUCAACCUGGCGCUGCAGCUGCAGGCGGGCGCGGGGGGCGCGCUGCGGCUGCACGCCAGCACCUCCUCCGUGCCCCUCCGCGACCACCGGCACCGGGAGCGGCACCGGGAGCGGCACCGGGAGCGCCCCGGCAGCGCCGACAGCGGCGACGGCGACGGGGACGCCCCCCGGCACAACUCGGCCAUCCACAUCCGGCUCUGCAGGGAGGCGCCCUGCGCCUGAGGGGGUCCCCAAAAUCCCCCCGGAACACGAACGGAACCGGUCACGGUCACCGGGACCCCGCCGGGGCACCGAAACCUCCCCGGGACCACCAGGAACCGCAAGGACUUGGGGACACCGAGACGCCCCCGAGGGCUGUGUGCAUGAGGCCGCCACGGUGGCCGGGAUGCUUUGGGGACAUGGACGAUGCCACCAGCGGCUCGAGGCCACCAAGCUGCCACCAACGGGUCGGGAGCGCCGCGAGUGGGGCCACCGUGGUGUCACCCCGAGCCCUCGAUGUCACCCCAAACCAUCGAUGUCACCCUGAGCUCUUGGUGUCACCCCGAGCCCCUGGUGUCACCCCAAACCAUCAGUGUCACCCCGAGCCCCUGGUGUCACCCCGAGCCCUCGAUGUCACCCCGAGCCCAUGGUGUCACCCCAAACCAUCAGUGUCACCCCGAGCCCCUGGUGUCACCCCGAGCCCUCGAUGUCACCCCGAGCCCCUGGUGUCACCCCAAACCAUCAGUGUCACCCCAAACCCUCGAUGUCACCCCGAGGCCUUGCUGUGACCGCAGGCUCUCGAUGUCACCCCCAGAACCACCCACAGCAGCCUGGGGACUUUGGGGGGACACGGGGAGGUGACCCCGCAAUAAAGCCGGUGGCA